AGCUGGCAAUCACCUGAGGGAGCGGCCAUGGCGCUCUUCCUCGCGUUACGGGCUGGUUCCACCGUCCGUGAAGGGGGGAGCAGCCGUGGGCUGACCCACUCGCAGUGGCGGCCGGGGGCGAGCUGGACUGCAGCCUGGCGCGGGGGAUGUGGCAGCGGGGUGGGAAGCUGGGUGUCCCCGCAGGGGGAUGUGGCGGGACGGGGAGCAGCAAGGCACAGCCGGGGACGGGGGGAUUCCCGCAGGGCCCCGGCCGCCCGCCCGCUGAGCCCCCGCCUCCCCGCACGGGAGGUGCAGGCGGUGCGUGCGGAUUCGUGCGGCGGCGCGGCCGGGCCGGAGAGCUGCGGCACACCGGAUGAAGAGAUGCUUUUGACAGGAGGCUUGAAAUCUCUCCUUCCUCAUGUGCUAAGAAGAAUAAUUCGGUGCAACAGACUCAGUAUUAGUAAUACUUCUGGAAUGGCAGAAGGCUAUAAACAGGCCAAUAUUGUGAUUUUGCACAAGUCCCUGGCUGAUGACUUUGAGAAGUUCUGCCAUGCAAACGAUGGACCCCUGCCACUGCUGUACAGAAGUCAACCGGGUGACUGGAAAUGUCCCUCCCUGAGUAGUGAUUCUGAUAUCAGAACUGACUGCCUUCAGUACAGAAAAUAUGAGUAUGGAGCUUGUACUGGAUCACUGAAAAGCCUUAAGGAAUAUUCUGAGCAACUCAAGGACAUGGUGACUUUUUAUUUAGGCUGCAGCUUCUCUUUUGAAAAAGCAGUCCAAAAAGCUGGCAUUCCUAUCAGAAACGUUGAGCAAAAGUGUAAUGUAAGCAUGUACAAAACAUCUGUGCCGUGCUACAGCAUUUCUAUGUUUCACUGCAACUUAGUAGUCUCAAUGAGACCUAUUCCUGAAAGCAAGUUGGGAGCAGCUGUGCUAGCAACAUCUGAAUUAAAAGAAGCCCAUGGAGCACCAAUUCACAUAGGUGAUCCUGGUCUGCUGGGAAUACAAGAUCUUUCUAAACCAGACUAUGGAGAUCCAGUUCACCUUCACCCUGGUGAUAUUCCAGUGUUUUGGGCCUGUGGAGUAACAGGAGUAGAAGCAAUUAUCAACUGCAGAGCUCCAUUAGCUUUUACUCAUUCUCCUGGCUGCAUGUUCAUUACCGACGUAAAGAAUGACAACGUUAGAUCCUCGGGAGGAGUCCCACAGGUCCACUGCAUCUCUCGAGAUCCUCUGCAUUUCAGUAUUGUGUCAGAAGCAGCAGCCCAAAAGAUAAAGGCUCUAGAGACCCUAAUUGGAAUAGAUCCAGGAGAGCGGGGCAUAAGGCACCUGCAGCGGCAGGGUGAGCUGCUGGGGGCCUGCCUGGCCAUGUCCAACGCGGGAUCCGUGCUGAUCACCACGGGAUUUCCCACCCACUUCACCCACCAGCCGCCCGAGGAGAACGACGGCCCCCCGGGAGCCCUUGCCAUUGCAGCUAUGCUGCAGGCCUUGGAGAAACAGGUUGCCAUAGUUACAGAUCAGCGAGCCAUGGAUCUGAAUAAAAAGAUUAUUGAAGAAGCUGUUAAACUAGGAAUCCUGAAGAAACCCAUCCCUCUAUUGAGUUAUCAAAGGGAAAAUGAUGAUUCAGCUUUAAUGUUUUUGUGUGAGAAUGGGAAUCCUGGAAAACCUAGAUUUGAUCACCUGGUAGCAAUAGAGCGUGCUGGGAUGGCUGCUGAUGGCAAUUAUUACAAUGCCAGGAAAGUUAACAUUAAACACCUCGUGGAUCCCAUAGAUGAACUAUUUUUAGCUGCACAAACAAUUCCAGGAGUCACAACAACAGGUGUUGGAGAUGGAGGAAAUGAAUUAGGAAUGGGCAAAGUAAAAGAUGCUGUAAAGAAGCACAUAAAAAAUGGAGAUGUUAUAGCUUGUGAUGUUGAAGCUGAUUUUGCUGUUGUAGCUGGGGUCUCUAACUGGGGUGGCUACGCCAUUGCCUGUGCUCUGUACGUGCUGCGCUGCUGUGACAUCCACGACCGCUACCUGCGCAGAGCUGUCGGCUUCCCACGCGCACCCAGCCGGGGGCUCUGGCUGCCGGCGCUCCCGUCCGUCACCAAGGAAGAAAAGCUUCUGAAAACACUUGUGCAGCUCGAGGUCCGCAGUGGCAAAACUGCCAGUCUAGAGAUGGAAGUGGAUGGGCUGCCCUUCUACAACACCCAUUCCCUUAUGAUUGAAAAGCUGCUGCAGGAAACACAGCAAUGACUGCCCCUAAUGAUUUCUGCAUCAAGAGUUGCUCUCAUGUCAUUUCCUUAUUCUUGAGGCUCUCACAGGGUGUAAAAGAUCAAAAAAAGAUGAGUUGUAAUCUCUGGUAUCUUGACCAUGCACAGCUGUUCUGUGAAGCGAGAAGAGGAUAUCAUCCACUUGGUCUACCUUUCUUUUCUGUAAUUUUGUAAAGGAAAAUUAAUAUUAAAUGAUAUUAUAUAAUAAGAGGUGAUCUGGCUUUUACAAAGAAAGCAUGAAAUUACAAUGAGUUAUUAUUGCACUGCUGUUCUUGUUUUACUAACCUCAUAACUGCAACAGGAAGUAACUCCCGUAGCAACUUGAUUUUAAAAAUACUUGUGGUGAGGAAAACAGCUACAGUAGAGAGGGAAGAUUCAAAACAAAACUGCAGUGUUACAGUAGUGAGAGUUCCACUGCACACCUCCUGUAGCCCUCUAACCCUGUGUUCUUAUGGUGGGGGAUAGUUUGUGGAAGUGUGAGGAGAUAUUAACUGAGUUAAUGAAAAGAAGAGCAGCAUUGCAGAUCUGUGUAAAGCAUCAGUUGUGCCAUUAACUCCUUUUCUAUUGGUAGUUUGCCAGUUACAUAUUUUGCCACUGUAUGGGUAAUAGAAGUUUUAGACAUUUCAGAGUAUCCUGUCGUUAUGAAGAAAUUGUUGAAUACAAAAAUAAUGAGUAAAAUUCAUUAUUAGAAAUUAAAGUAUGAUUAGAAGUAAAUAAGCAUUUUCAUUCAGUAUGUAAAAUAACAUUAUGUAAAUAAACUUCUGCAUGAAUUCUGAA